GAGGAACUGUGUGUGGUGGUCUAGUUGUUGUUGUGUGAGGAAAGAUCUUGGCGAGGAAGAUCAUUAAACGGAUAUAAGACAAGACAAUGGGUUCAACUGAGGAUGAUAUUGACUCAAAGGAAGCCUGGGUGUUCUACAAAGACAGAGAAUAUUGGGCAGAUGUAACGCCCAUACCUCAAGAUGACGGCCCUAAUGCAGUUGUUAAAAUUGCUUACACAGAUGCCUUUACAGAUGUUUACGACUACUUCCGAGCUGUUAUGGCAAGUGGGGAGCUCUCGGAGAGAGCCUUAGAGUUAACUGGGGACGCAUUGCACAUGAACGCUGCCAACUAUACUGUGUGGCAGUACAGGAGGAAGGUUCUCAAACAUUUAGGCAGUAACCUGGAGCAAGAAUUGGCAUUUUGUCGUGAAAUGAUUGAAAUGAACCCCAAGAAUUAUCAAGUAUGGCAUCAUCGGCGUGUGAUCGUCGGCUGGCUCGGCGAUGCUGGCAAGGAGCUGAGGCUGACCGAGAUGAUCUUCAAUCAAGAUGCCAAGAACUACCAUGCAUGGGAACAUAGGCAAUGGGUUCUGAGGACAUUUAACAGAUUAUUUGAUGGUGAACUUGACUAUGUAGAUAGACUUCUUGACGAAGAUGCGAGAAACAACUCUGCUUGGAACCAGCGGCACUUUGCCAUCACGCAGACCACGGGCUUCACACCAGAAGUGAUAGAGCGAGAAGUAGAGUAUACCAAGAAUGCCAUCAACAAAAUUGUAGGCAACGAGAGCCCAUGGAGCUACCUCAGAGGGGUUGUCCAGCACUGCGAUGGUGGCUUGAACAGCGUAGGUGACCUGGAGAAGUGGUGCCAAGACAUGUAUGAGGCAGGACAGCGAUCACCUCACCUUCUAACUUUUAUGAUUGAUCUUAUGGAAGAUAAGUUGGAGCGAGAUCCCUCAGUUAGACCACAACUAUUGAAGAGAACUCUGAAGAUGUGCGAGUCUCUAGCAACAGAGCACGACAAGAUUCGUCACGAGUACUGGCGAUACAUAGAGAGAAAUCUUAAUCAUAGGUUCAGCGCUUAAACCAUAAAUGUCUCUUGUUAAAUGUGGUACUAUACCCUGUAGCCGGUUGGAUCUCGGCGUGCAGAUCUAAACUUAAAGCCUCUGCAAAUUAGUCUCUGGGUAUUUAGGAAAUGUCGUCAUAUUUUGAAUUUUAAAGUCGGCAGAAAUUAGUAGUCGUCCAUUACGGAGGGAAUAAGACUUUACUUUGAAGUAUAUAUCAACCGGUACGUAUUACUAGAGUGCAAGAUGUUAUAUUUGAGUUGGUCCACGUAGUCAGCCUUAGAAUAGUUGAUCGUUUAACGAAGAAGGAUUUAUUAGGCAGGUUAUGUAUUUUGCCAUUAAUUAUACCGAUUGUUUGUUUAAGUCAUUGGCUGGAAUACCCAAGAUGAGGAAGAUUGGUAUUGUAGGUUUAAUUUUGGAUGCAGCUACUAAGAAAAACAAAUAGAAUAUACAAGAAAAUACCUGAUGGCUUACACAUGUUGGUCUGAGUUAAGUUGUGUGAAACAUGUAAAGGUUUACUUUAUUAUCUCUUGAGAAAACUCAUUCCCUACAGGUAAUGUCAUAUAGCAGUAUAUUUAAAAGCUUAAUCUUUUAUGCUUUAAUGACCUAAACUUAUGCUAGUUUAGAUUUUUGUAUUUUUAUGGUCCUCUUUCUUACCAUCUAAUGUUUAAGAUUUUUAUACACCCAGUUUGCAGGGUAUAUAGUGAAGCUGUCCGACUAUUAACGUUUAAUUUUCUGCUUUUAUAACUUGUUCCUCGCACACCUUCAUCACACUGCCACGAGUCUAUUAUUUAGAAAUCAACAGUUUCAAGGUCAGGUUCAUCUCAUUCACAAGAGAGAGACAGCUUCUGGGGUCUUUUCAGGCAUAUUAUGUGUAGUUACAGUAUUUUUGUCAAUGCCUUAAGCUUGGUGCACAACUAUUCUACCACACACUUAUGAUAAGAAAAUAUGUCGCCUCUACCGUACUGUGUUGGUAGAAAUAAUUCAUGAAGUGAGACAAAAGUGUAGGUCAUUUUUAAAAGGAUAAUAAGGAAAGAUAGUCAUAAUUAUUGAUGCAUUCUGACUUCAUAGUUCAAAUAUAUGACAAUUGCAUUAGUUAGACAUCACGCUUAUUUAUUUUAUUCGGUAGAUAUUUUUAGAAUUACUUAUGGAUAAAAGUCCAGUUGACAUUUUUUUUUAUUUUUGGGGGGGAUAUGGUGAGUGUGUACAUUAUUAACUGCAAAUCAUAUAAGGAAGAGAAUUGUUUAGUGAUAUUUUGGAAAGUAUUGUUUUUUAGAUUUGAUUUUCCACAAGGCAGUGUAGCAGAAUUGUUCAGGUCAUGAUAUAUCAGGAAGAAGACUACUGUACUGGCUACCAUAGGUUUCAUUUGAAGUUUCCCUGUGUGUUAAUGUCCUUACAGAAAACAACGCGCAUCUCAUUCUCCAGCGACGAAAAGUUUAUUUGAUUGCUCCACUAGAUUACGUUAGGCAUGUACAGAUAUCAGAGUUUACUUAUGUUGGGAGGGAGGUGUACGAGAGGACACUCGGGUACCACGGUAUGAUUAACGGGGGGCAAGCAUCAGAGGGGUCGUUUAUAGGUACAAGAGAACACCAUUUACUAACACAGCACAUAACUUGUUUCCUAAUUUUGUAGUUGAUAAGAAGCUUGUUUAUAUUAAUGUUAUGUACAAUGGUAUUAUGAAACAUGCAUUCAACUAAAUACA